AUGUCGGGCGCUAUUGGUCUCAGUCAACAAGGCGUCGAACUCGACAACAUCAUGCGGAGCAUCGAGGGCGUCGAGCGCAAGACGAAAAUCUUUUGCACGCUCGGGCCCGCGUGCUGGUCGCAAGACGGCAUUGGCGAGCUCAUUGACGCCGGCAUGAACGUCGCGCGGUUCAACUUUUCCCACGGCGACCACACGAGCCACGCCGAGGCGCUCAACCGCCUGCGAGGCGCGCUGGCCAGUCGUUCGCACAAAAAUGUAGCCAUCAUGUUGGACACGAAGGGCCCAGAGAUCCGGACGGGCUUUUUGGCCAAUAAGGACAAAGUCACGAUCCAAAAGGACGCGCUCGUAGAGCUCACGACCGACUACGAGUUCCUCGGCGACGAGACGAAGAUCGCCUGUUCGUACGCAGAGCUCCCGCAGUCGGUGCAAGUGGGGGGCAAUGUCCUCGUGGCGGACGGCUCGCUCGUGCUCACGGUGCUCGAGAUCAAGGCCGACAGCAUCGUCACGCGCGCGAACAACACGGCGACGCUGGGCGAGCGCAAGAACAUGAACUUACCUGGCUGCAAAGUCAUGCUCCCGACGCUGACCGAGAAGGACGAGGACGACCUCGUGAACUUUGGCCUCGUGCACGGCGUCGACUACAUUGCUGCGUCGUUUGUGCGCACGGGCCAAGACAUUGACAACAUUCGCAAAGUGCUGGGGCCACGGGGUCGCUCGAUCAAGAUUAUUGCCAAGAUUGAGAGCCUCGAGGGCUUGGAGAACUUUGACGAGAUCUUGGCCAAGACGGACGGCAUUAUGGUCGCCCGUGGCGACUUGGGCAUGGAGAUCCCGCCGGAAAAGGUGUUUCUCGCCCAGAAGAUGAUGAUCCGCAAGGCCAAUAUUGCUGGCAAACCCGUGGUGACGGCCACGCAGAUGCUCGAGUCGAUGAUUCAUGCCCCGCGACCAACUCGUGCCGAGUGCACGGAUGUUGCGAACGCUGUGCUCGAUGGCACGGACGCGGUGAUGCUGUCAGGCGAGACGGCGAACGGCGAGUACCCUACUGAAGCGGUGACGAUGAUGUCGAAGAUCUGUGUGCAAGCAGAGGGCGCCAUUUACUACGACGAUGUGUACCAAUCGCUGCGUAAUGCGGUGCUGGACACGUACGGGCCAAUGUCGACGCAAGAGGCCAUUGCGUCGUCGGCUGUCAAGACAGCGAUCGACAUCAAAGCCAAGAUGAUUGUCGUGCUAACCGAGUCGGGGAGCACUGCGCGAUUGGUGUCCAAGUUCCGUCCAUCAAUGCCAGUGCUGGUGCUGACGGCCAUGGCUGGCAGUGCUCGCCAGGCCGAGGGCUUUUACAAGGGCGUGAGGGCUCGCUGCAUGGGAUCGAUGAUCGGCACGGACUCGAUCUUGUACCGCGCGACGGACUUGGGCAAGCAGUAUGGCUGGGUGAAGUCCGGCGACAAUGUCGUUGCCCUCCACGGCAUGGUGGAAGCCCGCUCGGGCUCGACCAAUAUGCUGAAGGUGCUUACUGUAGAUUAG